AUGAAAGUAGGAGAUAAAAGAAAAAAAAAUAGAAAAAAUAAACAAAACAUUAAAAAGAAUAAAAAAGAACAUCAAUAUAAUGACGACGAUUUAGCAGUCUAUGACGAUAAUAGUGUAAAUAAUAAAAAUUAUAAUAACAGUGGUGUUAAUGUAAUGAUUAAUCAAUGUUAUAAUAUUUUGGGUAAUAAGGGUUUAAUUGGUUCAUUUUUUAACUAUUUUAAAUCAUUCUUACCAAAUACCAGUACCAGCAGUAAUAAUAGUUCAACAAAAGAAUCAGUUAAUGUAAAUAAUAGUGAUGAUAAUAAUAACAGUAAUAAUGAUGAGGUUGAAACCGUUUCAUCCUCAUUAAAUAGUACUAAUAGCAAUAGUAAUAACAGUAAUAAUAGCAUUCCAUCAAUUAUUAUUCAACAACAACAAUUACAUCACCACCACCACCAUAAUAAUAGUAAUAAUAAUUCAAGCUUGGGUUUAUCUGGUAAUUAUAUUACACAAGGUGAAUUAAGUGACCAUUUAAAGAUUGUCCAAUUGGAACAAAAAAUUAAUAGCUUGGAAAAAGAGCUUCAAAAAGUCCGUAACGAACAAAACCAAAUGCAUAAGCAAAAUCUUAAUCAAUAUCAUGAAUUAUUAAAACAAAUUAUUAAUGCUGCUUCGUUAAUUCAACAAAAUCCUACCCCGGUUUACGCAGCCCCAGCUCCAGUGUUUGCAGCCCCACCACCACCACCUCCACCACCACCACCACCAUCAGCAAUGGCACCAAAACCAAAUGUACCAAAAACCUCAGCUUCUGCACCAGCCUCCCUUGCUCCAAAGAAGCCAGUUGGAACUCCACAGUUCUCUAUUUCUUUAGCCGACAUUACUGGUGUUAAAUUAAGAAAGACAACAUCCAAGUUCAGUAACUCUAAUGGUGGCACAAGUAGCACUAGCUCACCAAGUCGUAGCAGACUUUUAUCGCCUGGUAAAAGAUCUCUUUCACCAUUCAAACGAAGUAAUCUCACUCCACACAAGAAACUAAAUACUGCUUCAUCGCUUUCUCUUGCAAAUAAUAAAAACAUUAAAUCACCGUUAUCUGAAAAUAAAUUUAUUACUCCAUCAAAACCAAGCAAACAUUCUGGUACACCAUUAACACCUCUUAGAGAUAUUACCAACAACAAUACACCAAACAGUAAUUCAAUUUCAAAAAAAAUUUUAACACCUUCAUCAACAACAAAAGCAUCUCCAUAUAAACCUUUAACAAUUUCCACAUUAAGAUAA